AUGUUAUCGCUCGUCCUUUUGUAUGAGGCAACACGGCCACACUCGAAUCUUCGCACGAUGUUAACUGCGAGAGCCCGCAGACAUAAGUUAUUUAAGAAAAACUUUGGAAAUAAUAGUGCUGCAUGCAGGCUUCCUGACUUAGAUCCAUUUCACUCCAGUGUAGCACAGUUUAUCAAAGAUCUUGGCAGGCUAAACUGCGAUGGCGUGAGUUAUUCAAGCUUUGAGAACAACGUCCUUGUGGUCGAAGGAGAAGGUAUCGUUUCCGCUCAGUACAGAAAGAUCGCGAGAACACCUGGCGAUGACUUUGCUGUUGUCUUGUCGGAUCCGUUAGAGGUUCGAAAUGACAGUUGGAGUCCAAUGGAAAAGGAUGGCAGUCAGAAAGGUAAAAAAUUUGCAUUCACGCCUAUCCCCUAUUUUCUGGGCUACUGAAUGAAAGGAUACUGUUGUUGCUGGUAAAUAAACUAACGUUGACUAAUUGAACUUAACCUAUUUGUAGUUACCAGAGGUCUUCUCGCUUACCAGCGUCAAGAAGCGUGAAGAAGCUUAAGAGCUGGUUGGCGAGAUACGUCUGGCUCAGGCCGUGAAGUGUUUUAUAGCACGCCGCUUCGCUCCUCAGCUGGCUGGCUUGGCCGCUCCGAGACCAAAAAACCUCUGGCACCGAGGGUAAAUUGAAUGGAACGGUUAGCAAGAAAGUUUUAGCUUUUCUCAAGCUUUAGAAAUUUCUACGCAAUAUUUUACUCAUUCAAACAGUUAUUUUACAGAAAAAAGUCGUGAGGUGCCCCUCUGUAGCUGCAUUAGUCUAAUUCCAGACAUUUCGACAAUACGAAAGCAGGGGGUCAUGUUUGCGAUAUGAUUUCGAUUCUAAAACUCGUAAUUUUCGUAGAAGCCUCACGUUCUCGACACCUUGAACAAAUUACUAAUUAAUUUAUAAUUUAUCAGAGAGAUAUUUAAAUUUGUCAAGACUGCCAAUGGUUUUCAUGAGCGGUAUUAUGCUAUUGUAUUAACUCAGCGCGUCAGAAAUCAGAAAUGUACCAUUUAUACGAGCAUGUCUUAUCUAAUAAGACGCGUCUUAGCUAAGCCGCGUCUUAUUUUAGACGAAAUGUGCCGUUUAUACGGGAAAGUUCGCGUCUUAUUUUUCCUCGUAUAAAUGGCCCUAUUUAUACCUUAUUAAUAUUCAAUAUGUAAGCGAAGCUAGAGUUGCACUCGGCUAUCGCCUCGUGCAACUCUUACGCAUCUUUCGUGCUCUCCAAACUUCCCGCGUGCAUCCAUAACUCGAUAUACGCACGCUCAGCAUGAACAAAUUCUUAAUUGGAGUCGCCUCACCUUUUCGGGUGCGCGUCCAUCCCCACGAGGUCGAAUGCUCGAGUCAUGGUCCAAGAAAUGUUUCUUCAUCUUCUUCAAGGCUCGGCUCGUGCCACUUAUUUGCUCGACUUUAACUUCGUCGACAUCGCAACCUGUUUUGCAAGCUUAGCGGCAGCCGAAGAUGAUAGACAUUCGAACUGCGAAAAUUCCACCACGUCUGAUGUACUAAACUCGACAGAACACCCAGGUAUUUUCAGUUUUCGUUGUUGGAUUUGCAUUGGUGAAGGGAGCCUUAUGUUUGGUCUUUUGCUGGUUGUUUUAAUUCUCAUUUAGUUUGUUUGGACCAGUGCUGGGAAACCCGUUUUUUUUUCCCCGAGGUCGGGGAAAAUGGCCACUGAGUGAAAGGAUGAUAUCUUUAGGGCUUAUAUCGGCCCAUAUUAUCAGGGCCCGUUUACUUAUACCUGGGCAUAAGGAAUAGAGGCGUAGAAGCACUGAGUGGGGUCUUCGAUAGUCACCUUUUAAGUAACGGUGUUCACAGCCUGUCACUGGGGCAUGACUGAACGAUUCAUUGAGUUGGGAGCAAUCCGGGCGUAUUUGGGAUAUAUGCGGUAAACGUUUUUCGCCCUUUUGUCUUCUUGGGGACGCUAGAGCCAAAGAGGACAAGUUUUCAGGUUUAUGUGUUGGCACGUUUCACCAGGUUUUUAUAUUUGUGAAUUAUGGUAACAGUUACUACCGCUUGUGGAAGUUUUUACGAUUAGCUGUAUUUUGAUUCUUACAAAAGUAACAAGGGUGACUGAUUCGGAUGUCACUUUGUAUCCGCAGCCUCACUCUUCGGUGGUAACUCAGUAUUGAGUGGUAGGCUUGGUGUCUGGUUGUGAUCGCUCCCAUUUCGUUCAGAAUAACUUCUUCAUUAAUGUUCACAAAACUACUGGACUGGAAGUUCCUACAAGCAUUGUUUUUUCUCUUUAAUGAUUGCUAAAUUCGGGGUUGUUUUCCCUUCGACAAGUUUUGUCGCUCUUAAACUGGGUGGAGUGUUCUCGAAUACAGUUCAUUAUUCUGUGAGGGCAGCUUUGUACAUGGUUUAAAAGGUCUCGUUAAUCUACGCUCUUUUGUGAGUACUUUCGCACGAAUUUUUUCUCUGCUUUCCAGACCAAAUAUUUAGAAAUGGUCUGGGUUGUGUCAAGGCGAGGGUAUUGAAUUCCUAGAUUAGGAGUGGUGGUGAUCUUAGCGUAUGCCCUGGAAAGCCACGAAGUUCGGCUCUUAGAUCUCUGGGGCAAGGUGACUCGUUAGGAGCCUGUGAAAACAUAUUUGCACGUUACGCAGCUGUCUCCUUUUAGUGGUUGCGUCGUCGUUCGGUUCCAAACCUUCUCUGGUGAAAUUUUUCUGCUAAGUUGAGCACAUAUAGACGAGUGCAUACACGUAUAAUUUUAGAUGCUGGAUUCUUCAUCUACCUCUCUGUCUGCUUUGGCAGCCGCAUUACACCAUCCGUGCUUUUGGCCUUCUCCUUUAUUGGGCUUAGUUUGUUUCAUUUUAGCGUCGAAGAGAGAGCGAGUCCGUUACAACCCAUGCGGGGGCGUUUGUGGAGUGUGUUAUUCGAAGAUUACAGGUGGCAUGUGUUAUCAGCUGAUGCCUGGUUUACCCUGGGAUUGCAUGACCUCUACGCGUUUCGCAAUGAAUGAGCCACGGGAUAGACAUAUCCCUUCUUUACCUUUGUUAAACAAUCAAAAUAAUCAUGUUUGUAGUGCGCAUGUCUAGAUUUUGUGUUGCUAUCAGUAUCUGUGAUUGCUUGCUCCACACUCGAUGAUUUUGAUAUUUCCUGCUGCCUGGGGUGUGGCCUUGGACGUUAGAAUGGUUCCUGAUGUAUUUUCAAGAGACCCAAGGUUUGUUACCCGGUCGGUUCAACAUUUUAUCAAAUGGUAAACAAAACUCAGGAUCGGAAUAUUCCUUUCAGCAAUCGUGUUUUCCUUGCAUAUAUGUGUCCAAUUUACCGAAAAACGAUUGAGGGGUUCUGCAACGGUAACCAGAGGUGGGUUGAAGUCAUGAACCACGAGUUUCGGUCGGAACAUCCCCACCAGGGAAACAGAUCUGCUUUUCGAAGAUCAGUUGCCCCCGAAGAUUUUCACUUUAGGGAAACGUCAGGUGUUACUAGAUCUCUAAGUCGGCUAUACACGGGUCGUGAGCAGUAUGAGACAGCUUUUAAGCUCGCUUUUUUAUUUCUAGCCUUUAAUAUUUGGUCUUUUUCAGUGGCGUAAUAGUACACGAGAGUUAGCAUUUUCGAUCGUUUUGACUGUGCUUCAGAAAGAGUCAUAAUCUUUAAUAUGGAUUGUGGGGGCGUUUUGUUUUGCUCAGUUGACAACCCCCUUUUCACGAAAGACUGCAGAUUUUGCUGAAAUCGCAUCGUUUUAUAGGAAGGGAGCCAUAUUCUCUUCCUUCGCCAAGCGAUUUAAGAGCCCAAGCUGGCCUACUCAAUUUUUGGAAACUGGCAGGGCAAAGUAGACGCGUUAAGAUCGCUGUAACCCUCACCCAAGCCCUCAUUAAUCAACCAUAUAGAUGAGAACACACAGUUACGAGAGCCAUCCUUUCGGGUUUUACGGGUUUGCAUUCGUGAAUAGUUAUUACUCGUCAACUCAGGUUCAUUUCUCGUCACAGAAGAUGAUGGGGUAGGAGUUUGGGGUCGACUCAGACAACCGACACCGGUUGCUUUCUAAAGGGCUUACAUUUGGUUGUAACAUCAGAUGUACCUGUAAUAUUACACUAUUGCUAGAAAGAUCCCUUGUUCCCUGGUGUCAAGCAGACUCUGCCCUCUUUGUGUGGUUAUUGUAGAGCAGAUCUGCAUUGGGUUUGUUAGAGGUUAUCCUGGCCCCUUUCAAUGAAAAUAGAUCGCGCACAAAGUUUCCAUCUACACUAGUCCCGUACGAGCCUAGGCUAACCGGGGAGCCACCCUUACGCGAUUUAGAAACUACGUAUAUAAUUUCUCCCGCAAUGCUAGGACAAAGUUAACAAGGAUCACAUGGGUUGGUGGUCCCCGUACCAUAAUCCAGUGCGCCUCACUUCAUUAAAUUGAAUCGCGCACCCUACCAUGCCGAGGCCACCGACGCGUUACAAUGAUUGCGUAAAUACUAAUGCGUACAAUACCGUGUAACAGGUGUAAAAGGGGGUUGACUGGCCUGCAUGACUCCCCGUGCCCGGCGCGUGUUUUAGCCUUUGUAAUGGUUGUUGUUAUAUUCAAUGCUAGUUUCUCACGCGACUUUGCUUUAGGUUAGGCACUUAGUGUGACGGUGUUGUGUGACUCGCAAAAGGCAAGAUUCGUAGAUUUCUCUUUUAUGUCGAAGGGUUAGUUUUCUGUCUCAAAAUUUAUUUAUGAGAGGGUCGUACGUGUGAGAUCCCGUGUAACCUCUUUCUAGCAGAUGUGAUUUGCACGACUCGAACGAGUCGUACCACUUGAAAGGGUCCCCUCACGACAACUUUGCCAACCAAGUCUUUGUGUCGCUAAUGAGAUGCGUGUUCUCCAAUUGCACGUGCAAGUGAGAUGUAGUUUCACUAUAUGUCGUACCUCAAGUUAUCACACGGAACUAUCACCCAUUCACGACUAGUACCAAUCGCAUGAAUUGAAAGGCUGAUCUAACCACUUUUACCCUUCGUACUAUUUAUACCUUAUUAAUAAUCAAUAGACUUCGCGCAUAGUAUAUAAGCAUGUGUUAAUUAUUCACAGUUGUCAGUUUGACUAACUUUAGUUGGAGUCGCCCCCACCCACCCGCCCCUUCUGCUUACUUUAUUAGCACCUACGUGUCUUCCCCAUCGAGCUUGCUCGUCUGGGGUGACUUCCCAUAACUAAAUGCUAAUAAGUAUGCAAGAAGGAUAUUGAACUAUUGUCUUCACUUCACCGAGACGAGGCUUCGAUCCAAAGUAGUGGUUUGUUGGCUACCAAAUAUUGCAGAUUUUUUCUUCUCCCUUGCUAGACUUAUCGAGGACUUAGAAAGGCAGCUUAGUUCAGCUUCAUAUGACAGUUCAGAAUAUUUCGGCAUUUUGACGAGUACAAAAGGACACUUGCAACUCUGUCGUCAAGAUUUUGUGAGACUUACGGUUGUUUAGAAAUAGGGAAGUUCACCCUUUCUACGUUAAAUCGGACUGGAACCCACCGGUUCAACCAUUAGAAGCCCUCGAGAGAGGUUAAAUCACAACUGGCAGAGAUACAAAUAACAAAGCCAAAACACAACCUGUCAUGCAAGGACCGACAAGCAUUAAAAGAAUUACAGCAAAACACUGGCGCGCGGCAUCGACAUCAUCAACGGUGUUUAGACAAUGGCAAAAUUUGCAAUAAAUUCACAAUGUAGUUAUAAGAAAAAUUUAGCCGUUAAGUCACUUUGUAUUAUUAUUAAAGAAAAAUUUAGCCAUUAAUUAACGGCUAAAUUUUACUCUUUACUAACCAAAAAUUUAGCCAUUAAUUAAUGGCUAAAUUUUACAUUAACUAUUUAUAAGUUAAAUUUUCAUUAUCUAUUUAUACAAACGAAAAAUUUAGCCAUUAAUUAAUGGCUAAAUUUUCAUCCUUAUAUUUUGCAUGUUACGCAACAAUGCCGAUGCUCGCCGAUGAUCAUAUUUCGAGCUUGGGCUACCUGUGAUAAUACUGAUCCGAAGCCCUUGUAAUUUCGAAAAGAGUCGAGUUCCCCUAGGAUGACCGAACAGAUACAAAUUUUAUAGCGCCGCUUAGAAUGCAUUUCUAGAGAUCUAAAAGUACUCUGGGUAUACUAAAUAAAAGAAAAAGAAAAGAAAAGAAAAGGAAAGAAAAAGAAUCUGUACGCGAAAAUAGCUUAUAUCAGGGGCACCCAGCGUCAAUUUUCGGAAAAUAUCUGUUGGGAAGACGAUUUGAGAUCUAAAUUUUUCGGAACAUUUGUUGUAAAAUUUCUUGCUUGCCCGCCUGUCCUAGGACUUUCGAACAUUUAAAAAAUGAAAUAAUUGCCUAUUUUUAACGGAUUUUUACCCUAAAUAAGUCACCUAGAAUUUUCGGGAGCCUUUUUUCUGGCUGAAAUUUUCGAAAAGGUAAGUUUUGAUCCCUAUAAUUUUCGGAUCACUAAACUUUCAGCAAGGAAAUCCUAACUGAUGAAAAAUUUUUAGGGAAUAAAAAUAUGCCUAUAUCUACCGUUUAAAUACUAAAACACGUUUAACAAUGCUAUGUUUAAGUGGUUUUGAACUAUAUUCUUGUUGGGUUCCCCUGUCAUAUGGGAUCAUGGAAACAUAAAAAUUUUGAUCGAUUCAGAAAAAAAGAAUUGUAAAUCAAGCAAAAAACAACUAUCAUGACUAAACUAAACAGAUGAAAUAUUUUGCACUUUCCCUUACAUUUUUUUCUUAAUGUUGAAUCGGGAUGUCGUUCGGUGUCUGCCGGCCCCUGGUGUUCGUUACGAGGCUGGCGCUCGAUAAUAAAAUCAUGCUCUCGUGACCUAAAAAUAGGCCGUGACAACGGGAAAACCCCAGGGGUACUUCCCUUUAGUAAAAUCCAACUAGUGGUCUAUUAUCAAUGCUGCGUUCUGACUGGCUGAGCUCCCUCUAUUUUUCCCACUUCCUCCCAAACCGCCCCCGCCCCGUAAGUAGUUUUGACACUCAUGCAAGAAGGCAGCCCGCAACACAAAGCGCUCGAUCUCGAUGAUCUUGCGGAAAAAUAGAGGACUUUGUCAGACAGUCUAGAGCUACUACUAGGGUAUAUGUUAUAGCCCACUAGUAGCGAAAAGCCCCGGCUUUAACUAGAUAAAGUUGUUUUGUCUCGAUAUUUUUUGACCAACUAGUUGGAUUUUACUAAAACAAUUAUUCCUCUCGCCCUGGACUUUGCCCACUUUUGGUCUGGAAUCGGGUAUGGUUUUCGAGGGAACUACGGGACUGUAUGAACGUGUCGUUUCAAUUCCACAUGAAUAAGAAAGAUAGAGAAAUAUGCAAAUUCGAAAUGGAUUUUAAGAAAUCUUUUUUGUUGAUGUUCUAAUCUAAGUAAUGAUGACAUAAUUUCUUAAAGGCCAUGUUUGAAAACGGGUGUGAAAAAUAACAUUUUUGGUCUGAAAUAGAGUCAGGAUUUGGCGAACCGGGCGGCACACCCCUACCAAGAAUUACCAGAAGUACCCCCCGGGGGGGGAGUUAUCGCGAGAUGUUUCUGAAAAAAAAUUGCGUACGUGGCUGUUUUUGUUAUUGAAUUCUGAGCAUCGAUCUUUUGUACUUUAUGGGAAAAAAUACAGUUGAACAUCAAAACGUAAAUGUUUAAAUAACUGUUCAUAAGCCGGUUUCUCUUGGGAUCAAUUGCAAUCUCCUGCCAGAAUGCUACUUUUUGGCUGGCUCUUUUGAAUUUUUUGCAUGCUUUCUGAUACAUGAUGUUGUCAAUAAUAUGUGUUAGUGAUCUGUUGCUGUGUUUACAAGAUAUGACGUCAAAAGAGAGACAAGUUCAAUCAACUCCCUCUUCCCCAGGGGUUUCCUUAGAAAAUGAGAUGGAUAAGCCCAGAGACCUGGGGACGGCGAGGUUGGUCAAAUGAUUGUUGAGCAAACACAGUAUUAUAGAAUGAUAUGUGUCGAGAGAAGAAGCGCAGAUAAAAUCUUUGAGUUCCUGGUGGGAGUUGUCACAUUGAUGGGAAUCAUUCAUGCCAUUGGCCAUUUUUCUUUUGUUUUUUCUUCCAUCUUUAGGUCUUUUUAAGGGAAGUACAUCGAUAGACGCUGACUUCAUCCGAGUAGACGUCUUGACCAACUCGGGAGAAAGAAAGACCGACGUACACAUGCACGUGUUUCCAAAACAGGAGGUUCUCGAAAGACCACGAAAGCCUGUUGGUAUUCCAUUGAAUGUAGCACUGGUUAUGUUCGACUCGACUUCGGCAGCAAACUUUGUAAGGAAAAUGCCGAGUAGUCUUGAAUACUUGAACAAAUCAUUGGGCUCUGUCUUUAUGCAAGGUAAGGUAACGUGCAUUUGGGUUUGCUGGGCCGUAGCCAGACGUUUCGCGCAUAGAGGACAUGCAGGAGGCAAGAUUUGUGAUCGUCUAGGCUUGAGCCAUUAGGGGGGUCUGUCGACAUUCUCCCGGAAAGAAAUCUAAAUGAGCUAAAACGCUAGCUUGUUUUAUUAAGUAUUUCCUCAGAAAAAUCAAUGUCGUUCAACAGAAUAUUAUCCUUUCCCAACUAAGCAUUUUGCUAUUCAUAUUUCUUCAUUUUUCUGAGUUAAAUAUAGACGCGUUUUGUACUCAAUUUAUUUGCCUUUCCGUGUGUGAAAGCCAAGCAGUGUGAGCAAGAUUUUGUGUGCACAAAGGAAGCUUAACUUUCAAAAUUCACGUCACCGCAAUGAGUUGUACAUUUGAGCCCGCAUACAAACAAGUGGAACUGGUCAGCGGAUACUUUUUUGAAAGAUAUUAAAUUAACUGCUAAAAUCGUGGAUGAAGAUCCCGCUAGUUGUAAACGUUGGAUCUCUAGAAAAGAGAUCUAAUCAGCCCAAAUAUAAAGAACCAAAAACGAGAAGUCCAAAGACUACUGCAAAGCUGAUUAAGAACAACGUGUAUUGUUUUUUCAUAACAAUAUUUCGGCUGGCCAUACCAGCCUUCUUCAGGUUUACAGAUCUCACUGAACUUAUGUAGGAAUCACAAUAUUAUAUAGAUGGAGAAUGCCGCAAUAAAAAUUGUUUAAGAGGGAGAGGCGAAAAUGACGUACAACACAAAAACUGGAAAGGAAAAAUAAUAAGGAUAUGGAUUACAAUAAUUCGUCACGGCGGUUUAGGCCAUGAGGUUCAAGAGUCAUGGCCUUAUCUAUCAAAUGCGACUCCCUGGCCUUACGAACUGAGUCACGUGAAGAAUGAAUUUUCUCUAGUGGGAUUAACGGCAUGUCAGUGUGAGAGCGGUUAGAGUGAGAUAGAAAGUGUUCAGAAACAGCAGUGGGUUUAGAUUUAAUGUUAGUUAUGUCGACUGUACGUCUGUGUUCGUUAAAUCUGUCCUUGAGACGUUGUUUAGUUUCAGCUAUAUACUGUAAAUUGCAACGGUUAGAUUGAAUAAUGUAGAUCACGUUUUCAGUGUUACAAGUAAUGUGUGAAGUGAUGGAACGUGUUUCACCUGUAGCGUAAAAGGUAUAACUUGUGAGGCCAUUAGUAACUGUGUAUGGACAAGUGGCACAAUUUUGUCCACAGCGGAAGGAGCCUGGCGGAAAAUGAUUGUUAGAGAUAACGGGUAAUUGUGCUUUACAUGUAACUAAAAGGUUACGAAGAUUAGGGCUACGUCUGUAAGCAACAAAAGGCGGUUUGCAAAGACGUCUUUGCAACGUUUAGAGGAGUGUAAGAUGUUAAAAUGUUUGCGUAGGAUAUAAGAAAUGCGUGCAAUGCUGGGUUGUAUGUGACAACAAGUGUUACAACAUCGUUAGAAUAUUUAGGUUUAGUCUGUAACGCGUUAGUGCGAGAAAUAUUGGCAGCGCGUAGAAACUGUUCUUCUAAACCUGAAGAAGGCUGGUAUGGCCAGCCGAAAUAUUGUUAUGAAGAAACAAUACACGUUCCUCUGAAUCAGCUUUGCAGUAGUCUUUGGACUUAUCGUUUUUGAUUCUUUUUUGACAGCUGUCAAUUUACCGUAACAUGGAUGUCCACUAUCAAGAUAAACACAGAUUGUAUAUGUGUCUUGGACAGCUACAUGUAGUUAAUAAUUCUCGGUCAUUACAAGGAAAUUUUGCCCGCUCAGCAGCCAAUCAAACGCGCGUACUGUUGUACCAAUAUAAUGAAGUUGUUUAUGUUGGCUUUCGUCGAACAGGAAAAAGCACAUGAAAAGCAAAAAAUUUGUUUUUUUCGAGAGGAUUAUGGGGUUAGGUAAUUUAGGUUUUUGAUCACCAAACGUAUGGUGUUCCAGGGCUGUUAGAAAAGUUGAAAUAUGCCGAUGGAUCGAUUGAGUGACGUAGCUCAGUCACGGCAGCCACCAGGCGACCGUGAUAAAUCUGCAAAACCGUAGCUAAUAAAGCACUUUUAUAUCAAGGCAUUUUUUCGAUAAGAAAGACGCUGAAAACUUUGCGUGACCAAGAGCUCUGCGUGGCGGUGCACUUGUUUGCUGAGGAGGUAAACACAGAGUCGGAUUUGGUUUUGAUUUUGCAUAGAAAAGCGCGCUUAAGAACGAUAUCGUCCGGAACGCCCUAAAUUCUGAUUGGCUGGAAAUAAGAUAGGCUUGGAACCUGCCGCCUUAGCCUGCAAACCAUUAUCAAAUGCCUUGCCAUAAAAUCCCAUUAUGAUGUCGUCAUAACGGUGUCUUUUAAGGCAGGAUUUUCAUUUUUACUGUUCAAAGUUUGAUAACUUCUCAUAUAGGCUUUCAUUUCCCUGAAAUUUUUGGAAGUUUGCCAGGUCUCUCUGCUUUAAGACACUGUUUUUCAAAGUGUUUUUGUUCGAAAAAGAAGUGUUACCGACGAAAAGUAAUUUGUUAUUUACAUCAGCUGACUAUAACUUUACACAUGCUUGACUGUGUUUUCAUUUCAUAGUGAAUAAAUACAGUCCAACUCCACCAUAUGGACUGAGCCCCGUUAAUACUACCAAAUUUCUCAAGGUCGGACUGUGACCCUUAAACGUUACACUUAACCCCUGAAUAGAAAAUAAUUAAACGCUCGAGAAGUUUAAGCGCCGUGAGCCAAAAGAGAAAAAAAAAUACAGCAACAUCAACAAAAUCGUUGAGCCGAAUAUGGGGAAUGGUAAUCUCCGAUAUAUCCAGAUCUUACCCUUUGGUGACUGCUAGCACGUAGCGAAAAGACCGCAUUUGUCAUCAAUUCUUCUUUUUUGAAUUAGUUUUUGGCCAGUUAGUAUGGGAAUGGCGGGUCCAAACGUUAUAUAUAUUUUUUAGUAAAUUUUGUACAUUUUGAAUGGCUGUAUCUCGGUCCAUUUUGCACCGAUAGACACCAAACUUGAGGAUUUUUAAAGCUUGAUGUACUUUUUCCGACUAUGAGAGUCUUGUGUUAAUAAUCCAAUAAAAAAACCUUCCAAUCAAGUCCCCGUCGGCUUAAAGUUGGCAAUAGAAAAUCUGGGUGCGAAAUUAGCCUGUGUAGUGGUCUUCGAGACGGGUAGGGGAUCGGGAGGAAGGGAAAAUGGGAGUUCUUGCUCUCCCCCUCCCCGUCUCCGUUUUUCGCCUGCCACCCAGUCUAUGUGAGAUAAGGUGGAUGGUUGAGUGUUUGUGUUUGUUUUUGUUGUGAUUGACAGGUGAGACGAUUGUGGGGGAUGGUACCACCGCACAACUCUCCGCAAUGCUUACUGGAGUGGAGGAGAAACGUCAAGUGGACGCACGGAAAAGAAUAACAAACUCUCAACCAGUUGACAGCUGGCGCUGGAUUUUUAAAGACUACAAAGACAAGGGAUACGCCACGAUGUUCUCCGAAGAUUCACCUUACUUUGCGUCGUUCAAUUAUCGUUUACGUGGUUUUAAAGAUCCACCCACUGACCAUUACGCAAGACCCUUCUGGAUGGAAGCUGACAAUCACAUCAAUGGGUAUUGUAUUAAUAACCGAGCGUCCCACGACGUUUCGUUGAAGUAUCUGUUGAGUCUCUUUCGCAGGUACAGAGACACACCAAAGUUUGGAUUCUCUUCCCAUGCAGUUAUUUCUCAUGAUGACCCGAACACGGUUGGUUACGCAGAUGCAGAUCUGAAAUCGUUUCUAGAAACUUUUGAGAAAGAGACGUUCCGAAAUAACACCUUGUUGAUCAUCUUUGCGGACCACGGAGCACGGUUUUCAGACUUGAGAAAAACAAUCCAAGGAAAACUAGAAGAAAGGUUUCCAUUUCUGUCGAUCACUACACCUAAAUGGUUUCCUGAAAAGUACCCAGACCUCUACAACAGUCUCGUCCAUAAUUCUCGUGUCCUCACGUCACCAUUUGAUGUGUACGCCACCUUACGCCAUAUUUUGUCGUACCCAGAAUAUCCGACGGGAAUCUUAAUGGGUCAAAGUCUGUUUACUAAAAUUGACGAAAGAAAUCGCACAUGCGCAAGUGCCGGUGUUGAGGAUCAUUGGUGUCCCUGUCUGAAUUUGGAAGAAAUUUCCACUGAUGAGCAAGUAGUUUUUCAGGCAGCGACGUUCGUGCUUAACCAUAUCAAUAACCUGACCUCACAGACUGCAGAACUGUCCGACUUUUGUCAGCGGCUGACUUUGAAGGAGAUAACAAGCGCUUUUCGUGACAUGCCAAGCGAAGCUAUGCAGAGAUUUCGUGACACUAAGCAUCGUUCGGAUGAUGCCUGUGACAAUUGUGAAGUCGUGAUGGGCGAUAAAGCUGAAAACACUCUUGUUAAAGACACUUUGUAUCAAUUAAAGCUGUUAACAGCUCCAAAUAAUGGAUUUUAUGAGGCUUCUGUGAGAAUUACACGAGGUGUUCUUUCCAUUGUGGGAGAUAUCAGUCGUAUUGAUGCUUACAAAGACCAGCCAUAUUGUAUACAAGAUAGAUUCCCCCUUCUACGUAAAUUUUGCUACUGUUAUCGAACAGCGUCUCUGAAAGCCUAG